GCGCCCUUCCCAAGUUCUGUCUUCCCUCUUCCCUCUUUCCUGGGCUGCUGCUCCCUUGCUUUCUGCUUCUGGGGCCAGCAUGAGGCGCCUGGCUUCCUGGUGGGGCUGGUGGGCGCUGUUGGGGUGCUCCCUCCCCAGAGGCGGAGGCGGAGGGGCCCUCUUGCUCUUCCCCUUCGGCCCGGAGCGAGGGGACGCCCAGCUGCAGCCCGGCGACGACGCUGCCUCCCCGCCUCUGCAGCUCAGCAGCCCGCUCCGCUUCUACGGAGCCCCGGUGGAAGCCCUCUACGUUCUUACUAAUGGCAUCAUUGCAGUGAGUGAACCUUCAAGGGAAGAUGAAUACCUUGGUCAGUUUCCUCUCAAUUUUGGAGGUAUCGCUCCCUUUUAUGCUGAUUUGGAUACUACAGGUGGACAAGGGAGGGUGUAUUAUAGGGAAGAGUCAUCGCCUGAUGUCCUCCAGCUUGCUGCCAACUAUAUUAAAAGGGGCUUUCCAGAUACUACCUUUGAGCCAAAUAGUGUUAUCAUUGUUACCUGGGAUUCUGUGGCACCUUAUGCUGGACCUGGAGAAGAUACCACUUUGCAAGCAAAGAGAAACACAUUCCAGGCUGUUUUAGCCUCUUCCGACUCCAGUUCCUAUGCAAUUUUUCUUUAUCCAGAAGAUGGCUUGCAGUUCUUUGGUACACGUUCUAAAAAUGAUAAGGAAAUUGUUCCAGCUACCGUUGGCUUUAGUCAACCCUCUACAAAUUACUUUUUAUGGGUAAAAGUUGGAUCAUACAAUAUAAUUGCUGACAAUGAAGAACUUCUUGGUAAUCUGCACAGGAGCAGCAAUUUGGGAAAACAAGGAGUCUGGGCAUUUGAAAUUGGCAGCUCAGAUAAUAUCGUGUCAGCUAAAGUCACCCAGAGUUCUGUCAGUGUUGAUUAUGGUGACUAUGACCAGUUCCAGGAAGUAACUACAGAACCUUCCAUAUCACAUAAGGAUUCCAUUGUGAUAAGCCAGCCAGAAGAAUCCUAUGAGAUUUCCAGAAGAGGAGAUAGUGUACAGGCUACUUACAACAUACCUCAGCCAGCAGCAGAAGAUGGUUUUCAGUCUCCAUAUCAAACUUUAACAGAACAGCCUCCAGCUGAGCCUCCACUCCCUACUGGGAAAAAUCCACCUCUCCAGUUUCCAGCCCAGCAGUUUCCUCGACAACAUGCUCAGAUUAUCGAUGUAGAAGAAGUUGAUGAAACUGGAAUUGUGUUUCGUUACAGUACGGAUCUCCAGCAGAGCUGUGCAAACAACCGUCAUCAGUGUUCAGUUCAUGCUGUUUGCAAAGACUAUCCAAAUGGUUUCUGUUGCAGUUGUAUUUCUGGUUACAAAGGAAAUGGUCGGCAGUGUGUAGCAGAAGGUUCUCCUCAGCGAGUCAAUGGGAAAGUGAAAGGACGAAUCUUUGUAGGAAACAACCCAGUACCAAUUGUUUUUGAGAACACUGACCUCCAUUCAUAUGUUGUGAUGAACCAUGGGCGUGCAUAUACUGCCAUCAGCACAAUUCCAGAAGCUUUGGGUGUCUCCUUGCUUCCUCUUGCCCCCAUUGGAGGUGUCAUUGGAUGGAUGUUUGCUGUGGAGCAGCAAGGAUAUAAAAACGGAUUCAGUAUUACUGGUGGUGAAUUUACUAGACAAGCUGAAGUUACAUUUCUUAACAACAAUGAAAAGCUGACCAUUAAACAGAAAUUCAGUGGAAUUGAUGAACAUGGACAUCUUACCAUUGACACACAACUUGAAGGCAAUGUGCCAGAGAUCCCAUUUGGUUCUUCUGUACAUAUAGAGCCUUACACUGAGCUCUAUCAUUCUUCUAGUUCAGUUAUCACAUCAUCAUCUACCAGAGAGUAUACUGUGACUGAACCAGAAAGAGAUGGGGUGUCUCCUACUUAUACUGUUCCCUAUCAGUGGCGACAGACAAUCUCAUUUGAUGAGUGCAUUCAUGAUGACUCUCAUCACCCUGUUUCAGCCACCCAGCAACUAUCAGUGGAUAGCGUUUUUGUCUUGUAUAACAGAGAUGAACAAAUUUUGCGAUAUGCAAUGAGCAAUUCAAUUGGCCCAAUUGAUGGAUCAGGUGAAAUAAGCCACAAUCCUUGCUACACGGGUACCCAUGGCUGUGACACGAAUGCAGUGUGUCGUCCUGGAACAGGCAAUCAGUUCACCUGUGACUGUUCUGUGGGAUUCCGAGGAGAUGGGCGUACAUGUUACGAUAUUGAUGAAUGCUUAGAGCAACCAACAGUGUGUGGCAGCAAUGCAAUCUGUAAUAACCAGCCAGGAACCUUCCGAUGUGAGUGCAUAGAAGGAUAUCAGUUUUCAGCGGAUGGACGGACAUGUGUGGCUGUUGAACGUGUGAUCAAUCACUGUGUGACAGGCACACACACUUGUGAUAUCCCUCUGCGUGCUCGCUGCAUAUACUCUGGUGGCUCGUCUUACAUUUGUACAUGUCUGCCAGGAUUCUCUGGAGAUGGGCGUUCCUGUGUAGAUGUAGAUGAAUGCCAACUGAGCCGCUGUCAUCCAGAUGCUUUCUGCUAUAACACACCAGGGUCGUUCAGCUGUCAGUGUAAGGCAGGCUAUCGUGGAGAUGGUUUCCAGUGUGUGCCAGGAGAAGUAGAGAAGACAAAAUGUCAGCGGGAACAAGAACAAAUUGUGGCUUUUGGACCAAGAGGUCCCAGGCCAGUUGGCCAGUUUAUUCCUCAGUGUGAUGUCUAUGGGAAUUAUUUGCCAACCCAGUGCCAUUCAAGUACUGGAUUUUGCUGGUGUGUAGACAGAGAUGGUAAUGAAAUUGAUGGAACCAAGAGUGGCCCAGGAAUCCAGCCUCCAUGUCUGAGCACAGUUGCUCCCCCUGUUGUAGUUGGUCCUUCCGUAAAACCAGAUACAAUUCCUCUGCCUCCAGGAACACACUUACUGAUUGCUCAGAGUGGAAAGAUUGACCAUGUCCCUCUAGAGGGAAAUGAUAUGAGGAAACUGGAUGCAAAAGCGUUGCUGCAUGUGCCUGAUAAAGUUGUUAUUGGAGUUGCUUAUGACUGCUUAGAGAAGAUGGUUUAUUGGACAGACAUCAGCAGCCCAUCCAUCAGUAGAGCCAGCCUGGGUGGAGGAGAGCCAGUAUCCAUCAUAAAGACAGAUUUGGAAAGUCCUGAAGGAAUAGCACUUGAUCAUCUUGGCCGCACUAUCUUCUGGACAGAUUCUCAGCUUGACAGAAUAGAAGUAGCAAAGCUAGAUGGCACCCAGCGCCGAAUACUGUUUGACACUGAUCUUGUGAACCCUAGAGCCAUAGUAGCAGAUCCUAUGAGGGGAAAUCUUUAUUGGACAGACUGGAAUAGAGAGGCCCCUAAAAUUGAAACUUCUUACAUGGAUGGCACAAACAGAAGGAUUCUUGUCAAAGAUGAUUUGGGACUACCAAAUGGACUGACAUUUGAUAUUUACUCUUCACUGUUGUGCUGGGUGGAUGCAGGCACCAGAAGAGUCGAAUGUAUGGAUCCCAAUCAGCUUGGUCGGCGAAAGAUCCUUGAAGAAAUCCAGUAUCCUUUCAGCGUCACAAGUUAUGGCAAGAAUUUGUUUUAUACAGACUGGAAAAGAGAUGCUGUGGUAGCCGUGGAUCGCACAAUCUCAAAGGAAAAUGAUAACUUUCAACCACACAAGCGCACUCGUCUUUAUGGAAUAACUACAGCCUUGGCUCAAUGCCCACAAGGACAUAACUAUUGUUCAGUGAAUAAUGGCGGGUGUACUCAUCUAUGCUUGGCUACUCCAGGGGGACGUUCUUGCCGGUGUCCUGAUAAUACCAUUGGAGUGGAUUGUAUUGAAAGAAAUUGAAUGAUACAGCGUGGAAUACAUCAAACCACCUUGUGGAAAGGUGCAAUCAGUAACUAUUUUAACAGUCAGUCACAAACAAGGAAGGACCCCAAAGAGAAGAUUCCCUGUGCUUCCUGAAGAUAGAAGCCAUAAAGCACACAUCUAAGAAGAAGCAGUGACCAUAUAAUGGAAUAUUGUCAUAUCUGUGGAAGCAGCUGUUGCUGACUUUCCUCCUCCUCCUUUCUCCCUCUCUUCAUUAAGAUAACUCUGGUAAACAGCUGUGUCUGUGCUGAUACCUCCUAGACAUUUUUGUAUAAAUUGUAGUAGAGAUUGGGAAAAAACCUAGAAACCAUUAUCUUUUUUUUUUUUUUUAACUUUUUUUGGAGCAGGGAGGGCAUAUAACAGUAUUUUGACAAUUUGUUUACAAAUAACUUUCUAUAGCCCAUCACUAGUGCAGCUGAUUUUUUUCAUCUGAAUGUUAGAUGGUAAGGCUUAGGUGCAGAAUGGUUUUAAUAGCAAGCCACUUAAGUAAAGAAAAUCCCACAUUCAGUAGAUUCUCUUCCAAAGGAUUUAACAGUUACAACCACUACUCCUGUGGAUUUUAAUAUCUGCUGGUACACUACUAUUGCAAUGCUUACUGUAUAUGCUUGACUAUAAGUCGAGCUCUUGUAUAUGUCAUGGACAAAUUUUGGUACAAAUAUUAUGGAUUUUGAUAUGACCCAUGCAUAGGUCAGGGGUAAAAUUUAGGGGCGUGUAGCAUUCAAAAAGGCCAGAAGCAGCAUCAUGGUAAAAAGAGUAGAUGGGCUGAUGCUUCUUUUGGUUGCUCCCAGGAUGGACUAAGCUCUUACCUUUUGCCACUCUACUCAGAGAUGGGAAAGAGUUAAAAUACAGUACUUACAUUGAUCCUUAGAUAAGUCAACCCAGCUUUUUGGGAUCAAAUUUUUGACUAAAAUUUCUAGACUUAUACAUGAGCAUAUACAGUAAUUUGAAACGAUUAAAGCAAAUUGGUGCUAGAAAUGGUUAGCUUGUCCAUACAGAACUGGUUUAGUUGUCUUAAUAUUACUUUUACUAGGGCUCCUCUUCCUCAGCUUUUCAAUGGGAUUUUCUAAAAGAAGCUUAUCAAUAGUACAAAGGGAAAUCCCAGAAAUGUGUGAUUUGUUCAUCAGCCAGUGAUACUAGCUUAGUUGUUCUGGUUUCAACAGGACAAAAACAGGGAAACAUUAGCUUGCUGCCUGUCUUUGACCUUCUAGAUCUGAAUUUCUUAAGUUAAACAUAAAUUUGAACUGACUUUCAGAUAGAUCCUGUGAAAUAUUCCUCAUUUUUCAUUUCCAUUUUUUCUGACACUUUCUUUCUAAAUUCUACACAACCUCAUGUUUGCUGCAGUUUUAGAUGUACCUUACUAUUGCAUAUAGCAUGAGCAAUCAGGAUGGUGAAAUAACCCAUCAAACAGCCAAAAUGUUUUCAUUGUUGGGUUUUUAUGGCAGAUAUCACUUCCCAAAGUAGUGUCCACUUUUUGUCUGAGUUGCUAGCAAGCACAAUUCACCUGCAGCAGAAUUAGCAAAAAGUGCUGUAUAAACAGGAUGUAGGUUUUAAAGCAUUUCUGGAAUCUUCUGCUAUAGCAAUAUUUAAGAACCUUUUUUUCUGUUAGAAAAGAAGUACAUCCACAGUAACAGAAGCAAACAAAAUCCAUUGAGAGAACAACUAAUUUGAAAUACCCCAUUCUUAAAAGCACACAGAAGGUUCGAUUUCAGAAGAUGUUGCUCACAAGGCUACAUUAGUAUUGAAACAGUAUUAAAACAGAGCCAGUUGAAGCUUCAUUAUCUCACAGGUUUUUCUUUUUAUAUUUAUCACUAAAAUAUCAAAUGCUAUAUUAAAUCUUUUAAUUUUUGUAUAACUCUUGUAUAACUUUAAUGCAUUUAAUUCUUACACUCUAUUAGACGUGUCUACAAAAAAAAUGUAAAUACCAAAAAUGGUACUGAAACAAACAAAAGGUGCUUUUAAUCAGUGUUAUUACGUUUUCAGGUGACAACACAAAAGGUUUACACAUUGUACAGCUAUUCACAGCACUGCUAAUAAAAUGAUUGUUUUGUUUUUUAUAAGAA